AUGAGAUUUUUACAUUCCCAGGCGGCCGCCGCCAUCUCCUUCGCAUCUCUCGUCACCAGCCAAUUUGUCUCACCGCCUACGAACCUCAGCGUCUCAAAGGGUUUUCUGGACAUACCCGUGCGUUGGACAGAGGUCCCACCAGGCAUCUGCGAGCUCACGCAGGGCGUGAAGUCCUACAGCGGCUACGUUGAUGUUUCCGAGCGAGACCACCCCAGAGUCGCCCCGUUGACGGUCUUCAUCAACGGUCGACCUGGUUCUAGCUCGAUGGAGAGUCUUUUCCAGGAAAAUGGGCCUUGCUCGCUGCCGAACGAUCGGGCUGAUGUUGUGUUCAACAAGUACUCUUGGAGCAACGUUUCAAACAUGCUGUACAUCGACCAACCCGUGCAAGUCGGCUUCUCCUACAACGUCGCCGUGCCCGGCUAUCAAGCAGAGGGAGCGGACAGCGGCGAUGGAGACAACUACAAUGGAACCGUUCCCCUGCCGGGCAAUAGUUGUCCAGACUACGCACCCUACGGAUCUUGUGCCACCUUCUCGAGCCCGAACAUCAGCGAGACAUCCAAUUCCACCAGAGCCGCCGCGCCCUUGAUGUGGAAGACGCUCCAAGGCUUCUUGGGAGCAUUCUCGAGGUUUCAGAACUCCAAGUUCAACUUCGCUACGGAGAGCUACGGAGGCCAUUAUGGGCCAAUCUUCAUGGAAUAUCUCGUUGCUCAAAAUGACCUGAUCAGGUCUGGUGACCUCCCCGGUGCACACUUUAUCAACCUACGCACACUCCUCAUCGGCAACGGUUGGUACGAUCCGAUCGUCCAUCGUGAGGCAUACUACAACUUCACUGUGUCUCCCGGCAACACCUAUGAUCUCUCCCCCUUCAACGAGACAACUCAGAAGAUGCUGUACGACGCUCUGUACGCUCCAGGGGCCUGCCUUGACUUGGUACGGGAUUGUAGAAGAACGCAGCGAGACGAUGUCUGCGCUUUCUCGGACAACUUCUGCAUCCAGACCGUCGACAAUUCGCUCUCAAACUAUGGCAACCGGGAUAUCGACGACAUCCGCGAGUUGAUGCCGGAUCCAUUCCCGUACGAACGCUAUGUGCUCUAUCUCAACACCGAAAGCGUCCAACGAGCGUUGGGUGUAUUUGUCAACUAUACGGUGACGUCCGGCACGUCAUAUCUGGCAUUCGCAAGCACGGGAGACGACAGCAGAGAAGCUGGUACUGUCGAGGCUGUCGAAAAUCUCAUCAAGCGAGGUGUCUACGUCGUACAAUACGCAGGCGAUGCAGAUUACGACUGCAGCUGGAUAGGCGGCGAAGUGAUCGCGGAGCAAGUCGGUGCUGGAUCGGUGCCGCUAUACCAAUCUGCUGGUUAUGCAAACCUUUCCACGACGGACGAUGUGGUCCAUGGCCAGGUGAAGCAGGCUGCCAACUUUGCUUUCAUCCGCAUCUAUGAGUCGGGCCAUUUAGUACCCUUCUAUCAACCCCUUGCGGCGCUGGAAAUGUUCGAGCGAGCCAUCAAUGGCAGGGAUAUUGAGACAGGACGGAUAAAUAUCACGCAAAGCUACUCUACGAACGGUACCACGAGAAGCGAGUAUAGAGAGGGUAACAGCACUGUUCAGUUCAAGCCUGUCUCGUUACUUGCGACAUUCAACACCACGACCAACGAGCCGAACCCGGAGAGGUGA